AUGACAACUUUGAGAUUUGUGCGGUCGGUUUGGGAGUCCUUCCGGGCUAAUUCGGGCCUAGAGCCUCGCCUUUUGGAUAGCCUUCGUGUGACUGCUGCUCGGCCUGGAACUGUUAACUUCGAGCUAGAGGUCCAGAAGCAACACACUAACCGCUUGAACAUCCUCCAUGGAGGUACUAUUGCAAGCAUGGUUGACCUUGGUGGGUCUUUGGCUGUAGCAUCUCGUGGUUUGUUUUCAACCGGCGUGUCAACCGACCUGAAUGUCACAUACUUGAACUCCGGUGGCAAAGUUGGUGACAAAAUCAUGGCAGAGGUUACCUGUGAUAAGUUCGGGAAAACUCUUGCUUUCACGAACAUCAAGUUUACCAACGCCAAGGGUGAUAUCGUUGCUCGUGGUAGCCACACUAAAUACGUCACUUUGGCCUGGAGGGACCCCCAGAAUAUCGUGGAGGAGAUUAACAAGAUCAAAUAA